GUUUCUUCAUUUCUAUGAAUUGAAUCAAGUUGAAAAUGUCUGGUUAUGCGAAUACGAAUUACGGUCCUCCGCCUAUGGGACAGUCGAACUUGGUGAAUGGCUUACCAGCAACACAACAGCUAUCGCAGGCACCAGGUGGCGCCGGUACACCACCACCGCCUAUUCCAAUGGGCCAACAGCAAAAUAUACUUCAACACAAACAACAACAGCAGCAGCAGUUGCCGCAGCCUGCUCCAGCACUCCAAAGUAAUAUGAGUAAAUUUUUGCCGCCAGCAUCUAGUUCUGCGCUUCAGCCAACUAAUGGACCAGCGCGGCCUCCAAACAGUGCAACAACAUCAGCGCCAACUAGCAAUUUGCCGCCACAUUUGCGGCCACCUGGUUUGAACGGCACACCAGGAGGUAUGCCCUUGACCAAUGGCGGCGGUGGUAGCGGAAAUCUAAGCACGAAUUCUUCGCGCACAGCUUCGCCAUCAUUAGCGCAACAACAGCAACAGGCACAACAAUCGCAGCAUGGCGGAUAUGCAGCAAAGCCACCGAUGAACUUUGCGUCUAGUAGUAGUAGUGUGACGCCAAGCAAUCCGCAAUUCGCAUCCACUGGAAGCGCGCCUGGCUUGUCAGGAAGCAUGCAGAAUUUGAGUAUUAAUCGCACCAAUGGUACGACAGCGCCAAAUGUGGCCAACACGUUCACGCAUCAGGGGCAACCGCUUUUGACUACAAACCAACAUCAACAGCAGUUUCCCAACAACUAUCAGACAAAUUUCCGUACGAACGCCAUAAAUACGGCUACUUCUUUACCCGGACAGCCGACAGCAUCCCAAGCAAGCGUUCCGCCGCCGUCGCACACAUCCUCGCUUUAUGCCGGCAGCAAGCUAUUGCAACCGCCUAUAGCGAGCACGUCCCUCAGUCAAACGGCGCCCACGCAAUCUCUUACUAAUGCGCCACCCGCAAGCAAUGCGAGCAUGUUCGGCACAUCACGUUCACAUCCAAUUGUGACAAAUGCAUCACCAGGUGUGCAACAAAUGCCGCCUCAAGCGUCCAUGUUUUCGAAUGAAAACUACAGACCUGGUUUGGUUGGGCCUACAUUGCAACCACCGUUGCCAGCUACUAGUUCUGCAGCCACCGCUCAACAACAGCAAAAUCAAUUAAACAACAAUACACAAGAGCAAACAGCAUCGCAACGCAAACCAAUGUAUCCAGCAGGACCGCCACCAAUGCUGCCACCUUCUCAACAUCAGCCGCAGCAGCUACAACCACAACAGCAACCAUAUGCGCAGGCAUAUCAGCAACAACCGCAGCCAGGUCUUUUCAAUGGUCUACCGAAUACUGCACCACUGCAAUACCAAUCACAGCCGCCUUAUAUGCAGCAACCUCCGCCAGUGCAGACGCAGCAAUUCCCUCAGCAACAAAAUUUUCCUCCACCCAGUGGCGGUGCAUACAAUCAGCAAAUGAGCGUUACACAGGCGGGUUUCAGUCGACUUUGGGGUCAGGAUACCAUUGAUUUGAUGCAAAAUCGUCAUAUUUUGUCACCAGCCACUUUGUCGCCGCCUCGUAUUGUACUCAAUAAUCAAUUCCACGAAUCUAUUAAUUGUAGUCCCAACAUUAUGCGUUGCACCAUCGCGAAAAUACCAGAAAGUAAUUCGCUGCUACAAAAGUCCCGUUUACCAUUGGGCAUUUUAAUACAUCCAUUCCGUGAUAUUAAUAGCUUACCAGUCAUUCAAUGCCCUAAUAUUGUACGUUGCCGGCUGUGUCGCACAUACAUAAAUCCUUUUGUGUAUUUUGUCGAUAGUAAAAUGUGGAAGUGCAAUCUUUGCUAUCGGGUCAACGAAUUGCCCGAUGAUUUUCAAUAUGACCCAGCAACGAAAACUUAUGGUGAUGUCACACGUCGUCCAGAGGUGCGUUCGAGUACCAUUGAAUUUAUUGCGCCCUCGGAAUAUAUGUUACGACCUCCCCAACCUGCCAUAUAUUUGUUCCUUUUCGAUGUUUCCAUCAUUGCCCAGCAGAGUGGUUACCUUGAGAAUGUUUGCACAACACUGAGUAAACAUUUAGAUGAUAUGCCAGGUGAUGCACGUACACAGAUUGGUUUUAUUGCUUACAACAGUCACGUGCAUUUCUACAGCUUGGCAGAAGGCUACAACCAGCCACACGAACUAACUUUACUCGAUAUUGACGAUCCAUUCUUACCACGACCUGACAAUCUGUUGGUGAAUUUAAAGGAGUGUAAAGAGCUGGUAAAGGACUUACUAACUCAACUGCCAAAGCGUUUUGCCGAUACACAUGAUCCGGGUUCGGCGCUUGGCGCUGCUUUGCAGGUUGCUUACAAAUUAAUGCAAGCAUCAGGCGGUCGUGUAACUGUUUUCCAAACGUGCCUUCCCAACAUGGGACCUGGCUCGCUGGAGCCGCGGGAAGAUCCCAACAAUCGCUCGGCCAAAGAUGUAGCUCAUUUAAAUCCAGCAACAGAUUUCUACAAGCGUUAUGCUUUAGAAUGUUCUGGUUACCAAAUAGCUGUGGAUUUAUUUUUGAUGAAUCAGCAGUACAGUGAUAUGGCAACGAUAUCUGGCAUUAGCAAACAUAGUGGCGGUUGUGUUCAUCACUUCCCGCUCUAUCAGAAAACCAAGCCUCAAUUGGUGGACUCAUUCAAGCAAUGCUUCAAGCGCUAUCUGGUACGUAAAAUCGGUUUUGAGGCAGUCAUGCGCAUUCGUUGUACGCGCGGUCUGCAGGUGCACACAUUCCAUGGCAAUUUCUUCGUACGCUCGACUGAUUUGCUUUCGCUGCCAAAUGUGAAUCCCGAUGCGGGCUAUGGCAUGCAAAUUUCAUACGAAGAAUCCUUGAGCGAGGCGAAAACGGUUUGCUUCCAAGCAGCGCUGUUGUACACAAAUAGCGAGGGCGAACGUCGUAUACGUGUCCAUACAAUGUGCCUACCCGUGACUGCCUCACUGCCCGAAGUCAUGCACGCUGCCGAUACAGAAGCUAUAAUUGGUUUGCUUUCGAAAAUGGCUGUUGAUCGGUCACUAUCAUCGAAUGUCGCCGAUGCUCGUGAAGCGUUCAUCAAUGCAACUGUAGAUAUUUUCAGUGCAUUUAAAAUUGCACAAAAUCUACCAUCCGGACAAACUGGUCAAUUGAUUGCGCCACGGAGCUUAGCAUUGAUGCCGCUAUAUAUAUCGGCGUUAUUGAAGCAUCCGGCUUUCCGUGUAGGCACAAGCACUCGCUUAGAUGAUCGCGUAUACGCAAUGGACUGCAUGAAAACAUUGCCAUUGGAUCAAUUGAUGAAAUUUCUUUAUCCAGAGUUUUAUCUAAUUGAUGCAUUGUUUUAUCCAAAUGCAAAUCAAAAUUCAAAUGCGAAUGCUGCAGAAGAUGAAGAAGAAGAUGAUUUGCCGGAUGUGCCACGUCUGCAGCUCUCAGCUGAAUUCUUGGAUUCGCGUUCAAUAUUCUUACUUGACUGUGGUAAUCUUAUUAUCAUUUAUGUGGGUCUAAAUGUGCCCGUGAAUGUAUUGGAAGGCGCAUUUGGCGUUAAGUCGACUGCAGAAUUACCUGACUAUGUGUACGGUUUGCCAAAUGUGAAUAGCCCUGAAAAUGAUGUUUUAAAACGAUUUAUAUUGCGUUUGAACGAUGAUAAGCCCUAUCCUCCUAUAGUACAGAUUAUAAGGGAUACAAGUACAGCCAAACCUCAGUUUAUAGACAAGUUGGUUGAUGAUCGGAGUGAAUCUAGUUUAUCGUAUUAUGAAUUUUUGCAGCAUGUACGGACUCAGGUUAAAUAGUAUUUUGUAAGUGGAAAUUAAGCGUAUUAAUUGAUUACAAUAUACAAUAAUUUAAAGGAAAUAAGCCACAAAUAAAAAGGGUAACCUACAAAAAAAUUACUAUAUAUUAUCUUACUUAUAUGUGACAGCGUAUGAAUGUAAUCACUUACUUAUGGAAAAACAAUAAAUUCGCUAAACAAUUAAGCACCACAUGGACUAUGUGGUUGAUUGAUUGAUAUACGAAAAGGAAUUUACAUAUAUGUAUAAGUACGGAAAUACGCAUACGAAAAUAAAAAUAAAUAAUAGUUAUUAAAAUGCAAAUGAAAUAAUAUAUAAAUAUGUACAUGUACACUUACUUGCACGCGCAUGGAUGUGUACUUAACUAAGAAAGCGAAGUAGUAAGAAAAAUAUUUAGAUAUUAAGCGAAUAAAUCUGUAGCAUCGGAUUUGAAUAGCGUGCUUUGGGCAAUUAAAGGCUGCAAUUAAAAAAAAAAAA